AUGUCAACUGAUCAAAUACACUCCGUCCCAUCUCUGCAACAGCUCUGUUUAUCUUCCUGUCUCAGUACUCUCCAGAACCAUUUCAACGACCCAGAGUCAACGACCUUUGUCUGCGGUGGCUCUAUCCCCAUCGACCCGACUCUACACCCAAAGCACCCCGAAAAAGCCCGCGAAUCACCUCCCGUUCGAAUCUACUGGCAUAACAACCAAGGCCAGGACAGUAUAUCACAUAGCGUCACCUUUCCAAGCACCGGCAAUACAGCCGCUUUCCAGCAGUUGCUAAACGACUGUGCAGCGAACGAGGAUCAGCUUGAUGCUACUCAAUUUGCUUCGACAUUCCAUCCAUCUGAAUAUGAAAUCACUGAUAGCAUAGCACAACUAAUGCUUCCCCCAGCUGAUUAUGCUGAAGGACUGCGCACUCGGGGGGUUGUUGUGAAGCCGUAUAGUUUGAGUAUCAUGUCCGGCCAUUGCGAUGGUAGCAUCCCCCCGAAACCGUUUCAUAGGCACUUUGGCUAUCUGUUUGUCUGUCUUCCAUCCUCUUUCGAGGGAGGAAAUGCAAUCAUUAGCUCUGACGGGAAGUCUGUGAAGUUUGAAUGGAGUGAGCAAAGUGCGUCGGCCGUCCAAUGGAUUGCCUUCUAUAUUAAUGGCUGCCGCCUUGACCUUCAGGCAGUCACAAAAGGUCAAAGAGUCAUUUUGAUCUAUGAGCUCUACGAGACCGAGCCCAGUGCCAUGAUGAUCUUGGAGGAUGAUCCUAUCAUUGACCCAGCGAGUCUCCCUUUGUAUCAAUACAUCAGUAAUCUGUGGACACAGCCGGCAUUCUUCACACAAGGAUACUGGCUCGGGUUCUACUCAAACCACCCUUAUGCCCACACCAAUUUUAACGAAUAUGAUCUAUUCCCCCGGCUUCUCCACGGCUCCGACCUCGCCCUUUUUGCCGUCCUCCAAGCCCUCGGCAUCAAUCCUACCAUUCUACCGGUGAUUAACAGCUGCACAACUCCGCUUGAUCCAGUCUCUUUGAUUGCAGACGGGAUACAUAAUUUUAUCUAUGUUCCCAAUAUUCGCCCCGGGGCAUCCUGGUAUGAUAUUGUGCGAGAGUUUUGGCCUUGCGGCCAGUCCGAGCAGGUGUGCUGGAUGAACGAGCCCACGUUCAGGUCUUUGGCACUCACUGCGGGUGUAAACGGUGAUGAAUACUUUGAAGAUUCUGUUUACAGUUCUUUGGCUAUCUUUGCUUAUAUUCCACCUUGGAAUGAGAGACAUGUUUGGGGCUAG